CCGCGGGGUGGUAGCCCGGUUAAAAUUGCAUAAACAAAAAGCUGUUUAUUUUAUUCGUUAUCAGCAAGUUCAUUUAAAAUCUAUUCACGCGCCAAUGACCGGCCUACAAUCAUUAUCUGUUGGGCCCUCCGCGAAAAUUGCAGCUCAGUUCCCUGCCAGCUGCGACGUGGGGCAGCCGUGAUUCAUAUUCCUCCACUACCCGGCGAGUAAUAUGUAUUUUUUGCACAUAGCGCUUCAACUAUUGUGUAUUUGCCAAUUAGAUUAACAAGUCAUAAUUGAGCCGCCGCCGCUGCCAUGCAGUUUGCGGACAUUGACGGAUCAAGCAGCUCAUCCAGAAAGCGUGAAACGUUCUAAAAUCGUUUUCUUUGGUGCGUGGUCUUUCCAGUGGACAGUGGGAAAAUGCAUGUGGGGCCGAAUUCCAAAGAUGGGCAUAAGGCACCCAAGACAAAGGAGGACUCGCUCUUGGAUCCUGAAAGGUACUUGGAGCAUUUGCUGGAGGACGGCAGUCAGGAGGGCGACAGCGAGGAGGAACUGGAGCUGCCGCCAUGGUUUGAUGAGCAGCUAUUCAGGCGUGGCCAGCAUUAUUUCAGUGAAUACCGCUUUGUGAUGAAUGCCGGAAUGCUGGCGGGGCUCAUUGCCGUUCUGGCUGUUCCCUCUAUUCUCAGGGUGCUCUCGUGCACACGCCAAUCAUCGACAGCGUUCACCGCCUACCGUCGCUACGUGCGCACUAUUUUCCACACGCAGGCCUGGUACAAUAACAACAUAUCGGAUCGGAGCAGCCGUUUCUGGACUAGCAUUGCAGCUGUUAGGAGGGCGCACUCCCGCUCUAGUCAUGCCUGUGCCCGUCGGGGAGCUGGCCAGAUCACCCAGAAGGAUUUGGCCCUGACCCAGUUUGGGUUCAUUGGAUUCAUUACAAUGGGGGCUCAUCGAAUCCAGUUGUACGAUGAGGACUUUCUGGAGGCCACUUCACACAUGUGGCGAGUCCUGGGCCAUCUGCUGGGUAUCAAGGAUGAGUACAAUAUCUGUGGCAGGAGCUGGGCGGAAUCAAAGCUGCGCUUAGACAUUGUCAUGAGGAAGGUGUAUGAGCCAGCAUUGGAAAAUACCAGCGAGGAUUUCUACGUAAUGACCGAGGCCUUGAUAAAUGGGCUUUGGCAUAUGAAUACCAUGCUUUCGGUGGACGCCAAUAUAUUUUUCACGAAGCGACUGGCCUGCGUGAAGGGGUACGAGUACUACAGCUUCGAUCACAGCAACGGUGUAGUGCGGGAUCCGCAGCAAAAACUGCACUACUACGACAUGGGAUGGUGGGAUCGCUUUAUUGUCAGCUACGGCUUGUUUCUUGUCACCUACCUGCACAGGUAUGCCGUCGUGCGGUGGUAUUUGAACUUUCGCGUUUGGCUGGUGGACGUGCUUACCUAUUACUUGCCCUACAUGGCCAUUUGGAAGUUUGGCUUCAAGUCUGCCUACGUGCGCAUCUUUCGGAGCGGAGGAGAGGCCCAAGAUUUUGCCAUGGGACUCAAGGAUGAUUAGAUUGAGCUGUUUUAAGAAUUUUAUAUAAUUUAUUAAUAAAUACCCAA